AUGAACCCUCGACAGGUCAAUUCACCAAAAGUACCCAAUCUGCUCGGAGCCGUGAACAAUCAGCGUUACCGUGGAGCCACCGACCCUCAAUCCACUAACCUUGGAGGAAAUCAGCAAAUUCGGCCAGCCCCAUAUCAACCAGUUCUCAAUCAGCAAUCAUCCCAGCUCACAGGCAUGAAUCCUCCAAAGGCCUAUGCGCAAGCUCUAGCCCAGCCUACGCCUCCCGGGCUCACGCCAAUCCGCCGAGACACCAAGCUUCAGGUAGACAAUUUCGAGGACCGAAGAUUCGUCUUCUUCGAGGUAAUUCGUUCAAAAUACACGUGGGCAGCGCUGAACAAUCCAUAG